UUAUAUUAGUGCAGAACACUGUACCUUUAAUUUAAAUGCCCUUGGAGUCUGCUGGGGAAGAGAAAUAAUACUGUCAGUCAGUAUGACAUGCAGAUGAGUGCCGUCGAUCUUAGAAUCACCGCACACUUCACUCAUUUGGGCAGUCACGGGGCCAGAGUGUGGAGCCACAGUGUGGCGGUGGAGGCAGCAGCAAUGGGAGGCCAUACAGCACCCUAUGACAAAAUGGAACCCACCAGCAGUGUGAGGAGACCUGAAAGUGGCACAUGGCAGAGUGUGGCGAUGGAGACAGCAGCAAUGGGAGGCCGUACAGGGACCCAUGACACACUCUGGACCUGGCAGCAGCAUGAGGAGGCGGUACAGGGGCCCAUGACAGAUUACGGGCCUGGCAGCAGCAUGAGGAGGCGGUACAGGGGCCCAUGGCAGAGGAUGGAUCUGGCAGCAGUAUGAGAAGGCGGUACAGGGGCCCGU